GUUCUUCACGAUCCUCUCUGUAAUCUUCUGAGAAGCUCUCACUCGCCUCUAUGGAGGUAAACUAUUUCUCUCUUUAUCUGAUUCUGGCGGCGAUUGUAAUCGGCGGCGUCAACUCCGAGUAUAUAGAGUACAACACAAAACCGAGAAUCGUCCCUGAAAAAAUCAAUGUUCACUUAGUUCCUCACUCACACGACGAUGUUGGUUGGCUUAAGACCGUUGAUCAGUACUACGUCGGAGCUAAUAACUCCAUUAGGGGAGCUUGUGUUCAGAAUGUAUUGGAUUCUGUAAUUGCUUCAUUGCUUGAUGAUGAAAAUAGAAAGUUUAUUUAUGUUGAAAUGGCGUUUUUUCAAAGAUGGUGGAGGCAACAAAGCAAUGCUAAGAAAGUUAAAGUCAAGAAGCUUGUUGACUCUGGUCAACUAGAGUUCAUAAAUGGUGGAAUGUGUAUGCAUGAUGAGGCGACUCCACAUUAUAUUGAUAUGAUUGAUCAGACUACAUUAGGCCAUCAGUUUAUUAAAACUGAGUUUGGUCAGGUUCCUAGAGUUGGUUGGCAGAUUGAUCCCUUUGGACAUUCAGCAGUGCAAGCUUACUUGCUUGGUGCAGAGUUUGGCUUUGACUCGCUGUUUUUCGCUAGAAUUGACUACCAAGAUCGUGCAAAGAGAUUAAGAGAGAAGACACUUGAGGUUAUUUGGCAAGGUUCCAAGUCCCUUGGCUCAUCUUCACAGAUAUUCACUGGUGUAUUCCCAAGACAUUAUGACCCUCCUGAAGGGUUCGUUUUUGAAAUAAAUGAUGUAUCAGCUCCUAUCCAGGAUGAUCCUCUCCUUUUUGACUACAAUGUUCAAGAGCGAGUCAACGACUUUGUAGCUGCAGCCCUCGCACAGGUUAAUGUGACCAGGACAAAUCAUAUCAUGUGGUUAAUGGGAACUGACUUCCGUUACCAGUAUGCAUAUUCGUGGUUCAGACAGAUGGACAAGUUUAUUCAUUAUGUUAACAAGGAUGGGCGUCUCAAUGUUCUGUAUUCGACACCAUCUAUCUACACCGAUGCAAAAUAUGCUGCAAACGAGUCUUGGCCCUUAAAGACUGAUGAUUUCUUCCCGUAUGCGGACAAACCUAAUGCAUACUGGACAGGGUACUUUACGAGCAGGCCAGCCUUUAAGAAAUACGUGAGGGAUUUAAGUGGUUACUAUCUGGCAGCUCGACAAUUAGAGUUCUUGAGAGGUAGGAAUAGUUCAGGACCAACAACUGAUAUGCUAGCCGAUGCUUUGGCAAUUGCUCAACACCAUGAUGCAGUUAGUGGUACACAAAGACAGCAUGUGGCUGCAGAUUAUGCUCUUAGACUCUCAAUGGGUUAUCUGCAGGCCGAGAAAUUGGUUGCCUCUUCCCUUUCCUUUCUAUCAGCAGCAAAAUCAAGUACUGAAAAAAAGAAUCCUGGCACAAAAUUUCAGCAGUGUCCCCUGCUUAAUAUCAGUUACUGUCCUGCAUCUGAAGCUCGUCUGUCCAGCGGGAAAAGCCUGGUGGUUGUAGUUUACAAUUCUCUAGGAUGGCAACGAGAGGAAGUUGUCCGAGUUCCUGUGUCGUCUGAAAAUGUUAUUGUGAAAGAUGCAUCUGGGAAAGAAGUCGUGUCUCAGCUUCUACCUCUUUCAGACAUCGCUUUGAGAAUAAGAAAUGAGUAUGUCAAAGCGUAUCUGGGAGGAUCACCAAGGGAUGCUGCAAAACAUGUGCUUGCUUUUACAGCUUCAGUACCACCUCUUGGGUUCAGCUCGUAUGUCAUCUCAGACACUGGACGAACAGCGCGUGGACUAUCUGCAUCAUAUGUUACUUCUGGAAGCAUGAAUCAAAAUGUAGAAGUUGGCCAGGGAAAUCUAAAGUUACUCUAUUCGGAAGAGGGAGUGAAAAUGACUCGUCACUUAAGUACCAAAAAUCAGGUUACUGCAGAACAAUCAUAUGCUUAUUACAUUGGAAGUAAUGGAACUGACAAGGAUCCUCAGGCUUCUGGAGCUUACGUUUUUCGACCAGAUGGUGUGCUUCCAAUUAAAUCUGAAGGAGAGGCUCAAUUGACUGUUGUUCGAGGACCUUUGUUCGAUGAAGUGCACCAGGAGCUUAACUCCUGGAUAUCACAGAUUACCAGAGUGUACAAGGGAAAAAACCAUGCUGAAAUUGAGUUCACAGUUGGGCCUAUACCAGCUGAUGAUGGUAUUAGCAAGGAGGUUAUCACUAAACUGACAACCACCAUGAAGACAAAUGGAACAUUUUACACAGACUCUAAUGGGCGUGACUUCAUAAAACGGAUUCGAGACUUCAGAACAGAUUGGGACUUGCAAGUAUACCAACCAGUUUCUGGCAACUAUUAUCCUAUAAACCUCGGGAUAUACAUGCAAGAUAAAACCUCAGAGCUAUCGGUGUUGGUGGAUCGUGCUGUAGGCGGAUCCAGCUUAGUGAACGGCCAGAUCGAGUUGAUGCUUCAUCGGAGAAUGCAGCAUGAUGACAUUAGAGGUGUUGGUGAGAUUCUUAAUGAAACAGUCUGUCUCCCUGAAGGAUGCAAAGGAUUAACGAUACAAGGAAAGUUUUAUGUACAGAUAGAUAAACCUGGAGAUGGGGCAAAAUGGCGUCGAACAUUUGGUCAAGAAAUUUAUUCUCCACUACUUCUAGCAUUCACAGAACAGGAAGGAGAUAGUUGGAUUAAUUCACAUAAGACGACAUUCUCAGCAUUUGAACCGUCGUACUCAUUACCAAAAAACGUCGCAUUACUCACCCUCCAGGAGUUGGAAAAUGGGGAAGUUCUUCUAAGGCUUGCUCACUUAUUUGAGAUUGGGGAGGAUAGUGAGUACUCAGUCAUGGCAAAAGUAGAGCUGAAGAAACUAUUCCACAACAAAAAGAUAAUCCAAGUGACGGAGACAAGUCUUUCAGGGAACCAAGAGAAGGCGGAGAUGGAGAAAAGACGGCUAAUCUGGAAAGUAGAAGGCUCGGCCGGGGAGGAAGUGAAGAGAGGAGAAGCGGUGGAUGCGGAGAAGCUAGUGGUUGAGCUUGUUCCGAUGGAAAUCCGAACCUUCUUGAUAAAGUUUGAUAAUCACAUUGAAAUGGUUGAUUCCUCUCUAAACCCUAGCUCUGAGCAUGGCAACAACUCUUCUCCUUCCCGGAUCUCUUCUUCCACCGGAACUCGAUUCGCCGGACAUUCUGAAUCCACUCACAAUUUCUCCGGUGGCUCUAGGGAACCGAUUGUUGCAGCUGAGGAGGGACAUAGCCGUGGAUCUUCUUCCAAAGAGAUGACGCAAAAUGGAGCAGGGAAGGAGAGUUUUUCCCCACCUAAUGCAGAUAAGCGUGACCAUUUUCGAUAUGAUGGUCGAAGGAAUAGGUCUAGAGGGAGGGGUACUGGAGCUGCUGGUUCUUCUUCUUCUCAAGUGCAGCAUAAUACCGGACCUUUUGAUUCUCCUAGAGGCGGAGUUUCGCAUCACAAUCCAACUGGUAGAAGAGCUAAUAUGAUAAGCGGGAAUCAUUUACUCAAUUUUCAGUAUGAUCCGAUUUCCCCGUCACAAUCUAGGGGUCCUCCACCGCCAAGAAGGCAACAAUACAAGGGGAGGCCUUUUAACAAGGAUUUGUUUCUUAAGGCCAAUUAUAAGUUUGUUGUGUUGGACACUGGAGAUCAUUCUCCUGAUUCUAUGGAUCCUGAUAAAAUGCUGCAGUGGGAUGAUAUUAUUUGUGUAAGGUAUUCUACUCCGUCUCCUGUCCAGUGCCCGAUUUGCUUGGACUAUCCUCUAUGUCCGCAGAUAACUUCCUGUGGGCAUAUUUUCUGUUUCCCGUGUAUUCUACAGUAUCUGUUGAUUGGUGUCGAUAACCACAAGGUGGAAUGCGUCAAGAGGUGUCCUUUGUGCUUUGUGAUGAUUUCUCCAAGAGAGUUAUACACGGUUUAUAUCGAAAACGUCAAGCAGUGUUCUGUUGGAGAUCCCAUCGAGUUUGUACUUUUGACCCGCAAGAAAGAUUCUUUUGCUCCAACUCGGAAAAAUGAGCAUGACUCGGCUGUUCCUAAUGAUGAAAAUGAGAUAUAUGAUCCGUUCUCAAAGUUCACUUUUACCCAAGAUGUUGAUCUCUCUGUCAGACAAGCAGUUUCGGAGUUAGACAGUUGGAUUGCAAGAGCAGAUCCUGAGCUCGUUGAAGACUUGGAGAAGCAUCUAUAUGUAAAUGCUGCUUUGGAGCGUUUGGAGCAGAGAAAAAUGUACUGGAAUGAGCAUAAGCUCUCUUAUUACAGCAAAUUGAGCACAACGGCUAGAAAUCAGACACAAUCAUUCUCACCUCCUGAUGUUUCUCGAGUUGGUUAUCAAGCACCCAGCUGGGCGCAUGGAGCAACAGAUAGCGGCUCCAAUGAUCAAGAUAAAUCAGCUGAAGAUUCUUCAGUGGAUAAGUCCGAUGGAGAAUCUCAAUCUAGUUUGGAAAAGAGUUGUGAUAAUGGUCAUCCUCUAGAUGACGUAGAAGCACCAUCAUCUUCCUCAUGCAAUGAAAGUAAAGGUUUCCUGUCGCACCAAAAUGACACCAAAGACCUGAAGGACAAUGAUGCUUACAACUUUUAUCAGUCUGUUGAUGGUCAGCACAUUAUCCUUCACCCUUUGAAUUUGAAGUGCCUUCUGCAUCACUAUGGCAGCUAUGACUUUCUUCCACCAAGAGUGAGUGGAAAGAUACUGGAAAUGGAGACCGUUACCCAGUCAGAAGCGAUAAGGAGACGCUACCGCUUUUUAAGUCAUUUUUCUUUAACAACUACAUUUCAGAUAUGUGAGAUUGAUAUGAGGGACUCCUUGCCUCCUGAGGCUUUUGUUCCAUUUAUAGAUGAAAUCAAGAAGCGUGAGAAGCAGAGAAAAGACCGUGCUAGGAAGGAUCGAAAAAAUAAAAUCAAAGCUGAAGUAGCUGCAGCUGCAGAGCUUGUACCAUUGAUGUCCAGUUUUGGACAGUCCUCUCGUGAUGACUUUCCUCCAUUUUCCUUGGAUGACUUUGAAGCGCUUGGAAACUCUGCCCCAAUAUCAUCAAGCCCUCCAAACAUUGGAGAGAGAAGUUCCUUCUCACAUGUGACAAGGCUCGGUUUCGCAGCAGGCCAUGACUCUCCCAACUUCAGUAACGAGCCAACAAACGCUCAAAGCAGCAGCAGCGUAGUCACAAACGCAACCACAGGUGCAAGAAACACAAACAUAACAUCAUUCGCAAGUGUAACAUCAAGAACAACAACAACAACACCAAUCGCACCAACCAUCAAAGAGCCCGGAAAGAGAGGGAAGAAACCAAGCCGAGUGCUUCUAUCGACAACCAGUGUACGCCGUUACUGAAAAGGACUUGAAAGUGCUAUGGAUUUGUUGUGUUAUGUAUAAUAAUCUUUUCAUCUAAGAAAAACUGAAAUAAAGAAAGAACCAGAGAUUGUUGUGAGUAAGUUUAAAACUGAAGCUUUGGCUUUGUUUCUUUUUGCAACCCGACUGAUGAUAAUGAAUGUGUCUCUCAUUA